GGGGGAACAGAUAAGGAAGGGAGGAGCCACGCGUCGGGCAAUCAUGUGUAGUGUCAUGUGGCUCCUUCGGCUCCUAACGACUUGCUGCCUCGUUUACCUAUCGGCGUCCGACUCUCAAACAGAUCUGCCACUGAUAACGGAUCCAGUAUCAACGAAAUCGACGACGGCGGCAAAGCGAUCGGUACCGACGGACGCGCCGAUGCUGUAUUAUAUCUUCGAUGCACAUAGCACGCUGAACAAGCACCAGCAUCAUCACGAUCAUCGGUGGGGUCCUCAUUUCGAGGGUGAGGGCAAGAAUAUGACCGUGCAGGCUGGUGGCAGCGCCAUGCUCGACUGCAGGAUAUCCCUGCUCCAAGACAAAACCGUGUCCUGGGUACGAAGACAGGAUAAUGAAGAGAAGUUAAACCUGCUGACGGUGGGCCAACUAACAUAUAUAGGAGAUCCACGGUAUACAGUGCAGUUCCAGUACCCGGACAACUGGCGUCUACAAAUUAAACCGGUGAACAGCAGCGACGAGGGCCAGUACCAGUGCCAGGUCAGCACUCAUCCGCCCAAACAUAUUCACGUAAAUCUCCACAUCAACGCGCCGUCCGUCCAAAUAGUGGACGCCCUGGGUGAGCCCCUGAGGGACAAGUAUUAUGAGGCAGACAGCACCAUCGAGCUAUUAUGCGUUGUGCGUCACAUAGCGAUGCAAGUGCAGUACAGCGUCGUCCAGUGGCUCCACGGCAACCGAGUUCUGAACUAUGACACGACGAGAGGCGGUAUCAGCGUGAAAACGGACCUAAUGGAAGAGGGGGCCAAUUCGACUCUCAGCAUAGCGAGGGUGGGACCAGCUGACAGCGGAAACUACACGUGCCAUCUCACCACCAUGCCUGGUCAACCUGCCACAGUUCACGUGCACGUCCUGAACGGAGAAAGCUUAGCCGAGUUGCAUCACGGAAGCGCGGAAACUGUCGUCGGGACGAGCGGCGGCGCCGUCGUCGGAUCGUUGCUUCUCCUUCUGUCCGUUCUCCUCGGCUGGAUACAACAACAGGUGCUCAGAUGA